AUGCAGUUAAUAAUUAAAUCAGUGGUUCUUCCAGUAAUUCUACUUCUGCAAUCUCUCAACACCAAUGUAGCAUAUCUUGUUAUAAAUGGAUUUCUCUUAUCUUCUAAUUUUGUAAAAUGCAAUAAAGUUGAAAAUGACUCCCUGGAUGUAAACUCACAGCUAAAUCUAGAGAUUUUAUCGCAAAAAUCAACACUACACACACAAACCGUUGAUUCCAAUGUAUUAAACAAAACAAAUACAAAAUAUACACCCAAUAAUAAAAACACUAAACAAAAUAAUUGUGAAUAUAUACUUUGUUUUUCAGAUGAGCUCGAAUUAGGUGAGCCUCUCCAACUAGUUUACCCCAACGAUGAUCACACCGAACUUCUUGUUGAUCCAGAAGUUUUAAACCAUUUAAAGACAAUUCCGGGACCAAUUUACCCAGUAGCAGUGGUAGGCUCAUUUAACUCAGGCAAGAGCUUUUUGUUAAACCUAAUCAACGACAAUGUUUUAUGUAAAAGUGGACUAAUAAAGGAUUUAGAAUCCUCUAAAUCAAACUGGCAUAAUUUAAAGUUCAGCAAUAUCUUGAGCCCAGAAAUGUGUUCAAAGAUAUUUAAGGUUUCAAAAACACCGGAACCAGAGACUCUUGGAAUCUGGGUGUACUCAAAACCACUAAAAAUUACCAGAUCACGUUUGCAAGAGAAGUUACAGAACUACCAUGAGGCAGAGAACAUAGAUAAAUAUUCACUGAAAACCAAGAAAUCUAGAGAAUCUGAUUACCAGCACACGAAACUGUUAAGGAAUAAAUCGGAUCCAUACGAAGACGAAUCUUUAUCUGAGACUGUAAAUGUAUUACUGUUUGAUGUGGAAGGAUUCAAUAGCCAUAAGAAUAUAUUUAGAUAUGAUGAGGCAAUCUUUUCAAUAGUUUCCCUAAUAUGCGCAGAGAUUGUAUAUCUCUCGCCUAGGACCCUAAACUCCUCAGACUUGUUGCUGAUGGAGGAUCUGAUCAAAUGUUCGCUCCAGUCAAAGAUCUCAAAUUUGUACAAAAUAUACACUGGAUUGGAAGGAUUUGAGCACGAAAAGGAGGAAAUAUUCCAAUACUUUUUUAAAAUGUUCGAGAACAAGAAUCUUACAUUCCUGAUUAACGAGUUUAAAUUCACGCCAGAACAGGCACUGAGCAACUUAGUAAACUUGCUAAGAGCACCGAGAAGAGAUUUGCCAUUACACGAGUUCUUCUUUUACAAAAAUCAGAAAAUUAAUAUAGGAAAUUAUGACUUCAGAGCUGAUUUUGUAAAAAAAAUCAAACAUAAAGUUGAUAAGGACGAAAGUUCCAAGGAUAAGUUACCAGUCAAAAGGGAAUAUUCACCAACUAAAGAUGAUCAACAAACGAUUGCGAGUUCAAAUAAAAACGUUUGUAGCACAGAUUCACCGGAGCAAAUCGAUGUGAAGUUCAGCAGGUUCGGGUACAUUUUUCAUAUGAUGUUUAACUCAGUAAACAUUUCAACACUCCCAAGUACCUCAUCGGGUAUUUUCAGCAGAAUUUUUGAUACUGAUGAAACUAAAACCCCUAAGGAUAAUGAAACAAACACAUUUGAAAAGUAUUUUGAGCGUCUAGGACAUUUUAAAUUUGAACUGUUUCUUAGAGCGUUAAGAAACCCACUCUUAAAGCACUGCUCAGUAGAUGAGUCGACGUCAACAUGCCACAUGUCGGGAAGAGAUUUGGCAGAAAUAGUUAAUUUCAGCAUGAAAAUCCUCUCAAUGAAUAAGUUUUACAAACUUGCGACGAAUUUGACCUCAAAUGAAUGGAUUAAGAUAACAGAAAAUGACGCAUUCGAUAGACUAGUAAAGGUGCUUAGACUUUCUAGACUACUCAUGAUACAGAACGAUUUAUCCCACAACUAUAAAGAUAUUCUAAUGAAGUUUAUAACAGGUAAAAAAUACCAUAUUGAUCUGGAAAAUUUGGAACAAAAUAUGGAUGAUGGUCAAAAGAAUAAAUCAGAGUUGAUUGUAAGGAGGAGUCCGAUACCGAGUAUGAGUUUGUUUGAAAAGUAUAGCUUCAAGUUGAGGAACGAGUUUCUGGAACUGCUGUUGAAGACUUUCGAGAAUGAAGGACUCUCAACAGACUUUAAAGACGCAUGGUCAUCACUGGCAAGUGAGUUUGACAGCUUUUCAGAAGAGGCAUCAGAAAAGCUGAGUGAAACAAUUAAAGAACACUGCGGAAGAGUAUCAGAAGAAGUAUUCGGAGUUCUUGACGAUAAAGUAGAGCAAGUGAGGUUGCCAGCAUUACCAAGCAAGUUAAAGUUUCUGCACUUUUUUAAAGAUGAGUUUAAGAGAAGAUUCAUAUUACUGGUGGACUCAGAAGAGACUGAAUUUGAAGAUACAGAGACUCAAACAUACGAUAAAUUGGUAGAAACUAAGAAAGAACAUUCAUUGUUUUAUGAUAGUGUAUGUGAAUCAGUACUUUCAGAUUACCUAAAUAAGUUGGAUGAAAAGAUUUCAGAACUUCUGGACACUAACCAGAAGAUGAUAGACCAUCAUUUCAGCUCAGUGUACAGCAAGGCACUUAACCAUUUUAGGUCAAACUUUAGUCGAGUUGAUGAAAAUUAUGAAUUGCCAAUAGAGGAACCAUUAUCGAGAAGCACAACCCUGAUUAAAGAAGCGCAAAACAUAUUAAUGACUAACUUGGGCGAGUUCCACGCUCUAGAGUUUUUAGUUUCAGAAGUUAAAAACAAACUAAAUAUGGCACUAAACCAGGAAAUGGAAGUUUUUAAAACGAAUUACCAUAAGAGAUGCCAUCAGAAGCUGGAUAACAUGCAAAACCACUAUUUGAACAAUUACGCCGUUUUCUUGAAUAGCUUUGCACCACUGCCAACAAGCCCAGAGCUGAUACAUAUGUACCACGAGUUCUUAAAGCACGUGUCAAAGGAGGAGCUUUUCAGAGUUUAUUGCACAGAUUACAUGGACAUAGACAAGAGACACAAUAAACUCGAGCAGAAGCUGAACGAUAAGUUGAAAGAAAUGCUAGCUGAAAAUGUUAAAAUCGCAUCUGAGGCACUAGAGCCAGAUUUUCAGUUGUUUGACAAAUAUUUACUCACUCAGGUCAACAAUUCCAGGUUCUACAACGUCUUUAGAUAUAACGCCAAAAAAUAUGCGAGCUACAAAAUUACGCCAAAAUUUGUGUACACAAAGUUGAACCUAGGCCUGGACCAAUUAUCAAUAAAGUGCCCAAUUGAAGAUCUGGGAUUGAAAGUGCUUUAUAGCCAGGAAUCGAGAAGAAUUUUGCCUAGAAAAGGACCCACGACGCCGAAACGCGGGUUUAAUUCAAGGUUUACAAGUGAUUCUUACCGGAUGGGUUUGGGAAUAAACCCCGGGACAGAGUCCGACUUUAACUUUGAGGAUCUGAGGGCCAAAUUCAUUAGAAUGAACAGAACCAACAUCCACUACAAGUUUGUAGACGGCAUAGUUGGAAGGUACAUGGACACCCAUAUGCUGGAGUUUAAGAAGAUGUUCUUGAAUAACCACUGCAAGGCCAUUGUGCUGGUGUGCAGUAUCAUACUGCUGGGUUUAUCUACAUUGUCUUUCUCGCUAGCUCAAAAAGGAUUUGAUAGGCUCCUGUUUGCAAUUCUCGGCUUUGGAAGUUACUCGUUUCUGGUUGGCAUGGAGACCACGAAGAGAAACCUUCGGAGGUUUUUGGAGUUUUUGAAAAGGGUUUUAAAGAAGGUGAUGUUGGCGUUUCUCAAAGUGUUAAAAAGACUCUUGAACAAACUCUUCGCACUACUCGCUGCGUACAUCACAAAGCUUUUCGUGAAACUCGGGUUCAUGUACACAUUCCUAAUUGGGUUUCUAUCGGCGGCGACACUCUAUGUAUACUCAAAGUACGUCUCAUACAGGCGCAAAAAGUCCCAGGAAUAUUGCAAUAUCAAGGUCCCCACCAAACUGCUUAAAAAUUUAACAUAA